AGUAAAAGGAAAAAGAAAAAAAGUGGGUUUAGAGUACCAAGUAUAAGCAGAAACGGAUGCCGAUGUGGCUCCACAUCAGCAUAUUUUUCAUCACAAAAAUUUUAACAGUAAUUGAUGGAUUGACAAAUUUGAGACAAUUUUGUAGUUUGCUGAUUUGAUUGGCACAAAUUGAAGUUCAGUGACCUAAGUGGCAAUUUGGUAUAAGAUUAGUGACCUCUGGUGCAGUUUAUGCGAUUAUUUUUUCAUACAGUUGACGCACUUCUGCCAUUCUUUGGUGGAGAAGCAUUUGAUAGCUUGUAAUUCUUCAUGUUCGUCAUUCUUUAGUAUCAAGCUUUGAUGUGAGACGCAUUUUUUUUGUUGCAAUUUCUCUUCAUAAUCAGUUAUGCACUGUUUGUCUGCCCCUACACAUUUAUAACUGUUGUUGGAUGUUUAAGGAAAUUUUAACUAGAUUGUUUCUGUUUUAUCCAAGAUGACUUUUGAUGUAAUAUAAGAUAGGCUUCCUAAUGACUCCCACAGUUUCUUUACUACCACAAAAUCUGAACUUAGUGCCUCUUUUAAGUAUUGGGAAGAUUCUUUUUUAGAUCUUCAGUGAUGGACAAUUGUAUGCUGUGGAGUUUUUAUGUGGGCCAAACAUGUAGCAAUGCAGUGUUUUCGGUAUCAAGAAAUAUCAAGUUCUGCUCUCUUUCUUCUGUAACUCGUGUAGUUAAUGGAUGUGGGUUGAACAUUUCAUGCUUUUUCUAUGUUGUAGGUACAUAUUAUGCACAGCCUUUUCAACUACUUCUGCAUUAACAGAUUGGAGUAGUGUAUUUUAUUCUGUUAUAUACACAUCUGUCCCUACUAUUGUUGUUGGCAUUCUGGACAAGGACUUAAGUCAUAGGACACUCCUACAGUAUCCAAAACUUUAUGGUGCAGGGCAUAGACAUGAGGCCUAUAAUCUGCAACUCUUCUGGAUAACAAUGAUUGACACACUAUGGCAGAGCCUUGUUCUGUUUUAUAUCCCUCUCUUUAUGUAUAAGGAGAGCUCGAUUGAUAUAUGGAGCAUGGGCAGUUUGUGGACUAUAGCAGUUGUUGUUCUUGUUAAUAUUCACUUGGCAAUGGACAUUCAGCGUUGGGUAUUCAUUACACAUGUUGCAGUGUGGGGAUCAAUAAUGAUUACAUAUGCCUGUAUGGUGGUAUUGGAUUCUAUACCUAUCUUCCCAAAUUACUGGACAAUCUACCAUCUGGCAACGUCACCCACCUAUUGGCUCACCAUUUUGCUCAUAAUAAUUGUUGCUUUACUUCCUCGCUUUCUUUUCAAAGUUUUGCAUCAGAUUUUUUGGCCUUCAGAUAUUCAAAUAGCCAGAGAAGCGGAGAUAUUAAGUUAAUUGCCUCCUAAUUUGAGGUCAAAACCAGAUGAAGGUUCCAGUUAACAUGUACAUUACACCCGCUAUUGAGAUGGUUUUCUGACUAUGUCCAUCAUAUGGCUGUCCUGUCGCAUGCAAUUGUAAGUUAUGAUACAUGCAUGUUCCUAUCUUUUCAUAUUACUCAAGAUUCAUACACCUGUUACUAAUGAAAUUAGUCAACAUUUAUAACAGAAGCAUCCUUUGUGAACUGUUUUCCCACAAUUAGUAACUUUUUGAUAUUGAAAUGGACAAAAUGUGGUGAUCACCUUUGAGAAAAUCUAGAAGAAUCUUUCUUGGUUGUGAUUCACAUGAUCUAAGGUCUUUAAGAAGGUUUGAGGGAAUAUUUUUUUGCUAGUUUAGAUGUCACUAAAUAGCCUUCAUAUGUGUUUUUAUUGGUAUGUUUGGGAAGAUUAAAUUUGUAGAUACCUGCAUGUAAACACUGUUCCAUGCAAAAUUUGAGGCAAGUGUUUAUCUUGUAUAUUAUCUAGAAGCUGGAAAUUUUAUAUGCAGCCUUUCAAAUAUUUUACCUACUGUGCUUUCCUUGCCAUUUUGGGACUUGUUUUGCAUUAAGUGUUACUUGCAUGCUGUAGUCAGUGUGGUACUAAAAUCUUUUGUGCAAAUGCGCUUAAUGCUUGGUAGAGUAACCUUUCUUAGUCGUGAAGGGUCUAAAUAUUGAACAGGGUAGGCUUACCAUUUGCCUAGCCUGGAAUGGAGUUCUUUCUAAUAUUAUGACAUAAUGCUUCAGAGAAAUUUUGAAAUUGAUAGCAGCGGUUCCUUCCACCCUGCUUUCAUGCUGCUAAUUUAGGGAGAUAAACACAAAAUAAGUCAUCCAGCUACUUAUUUACUCUUAAUUUCUUUGAGCUUUGAAUCCAGAAUUUCAUGAUAAAGAUAGUUUGGAACCAUUACUUUUGAUCAAAUGCAUUAAUACUG